AGCAUUACUCUUGUCUAAAAACAUGAUUUAUCUAGUAUUUUUCUCUGGGAUUAUGUCCAUGCUAUUACUGGUCAACUGUCCCGUUAAAGUUGUCACAUUGAUAGCAAAAGGUGGUUGUAACUGAAAAAAAAGCAAAAAAGCAAUGGAAAAUUGGACAAAAUAAAAAAAUAAAAAAAUGAAAUUAGAAAAUGUUACCUCAAUACAAAGCAAAUAUUCUAAAAAUACCACGAGUCAUGAAAGUAUGAGAGCAAUAGAAGCUAGCUUUUCAUUUUCCAUGGCCUAAACAGAACAAGAGCCGCUCACUUGCUGUUGAGGCCAUCCGCACAACCACCAUCACCACCUUUGAUCGCCACAAUCACAACCGUCCGUUGUUUCUUCCAAGUUUGAAGAUUGAUUGACUAUAGUUGCUUUUUGUUGAAGAAAUGGUACACCACUUCAGCCUCAGGAGAAGAGUUAGACGCCGCGUCUUCGUCCUCCGCCGCUGCGUCCGCCGCGUCAUGGACCGGCUGCUCAUGUGUUGUUUAGGAAAGCCAGUCCGGUACAGGAUGCUGCCCAUUUCGGCCGCCAUGUCCUCAUCGAACGACACCCCUUCUUCCACUUUUGCGCCUUCGUCGCCGUCCUCGAAAUCAAGGGACCUCACGUGUCAUCAACUUCAUCGUAACAAGAGUAGCCACCGUGAUAACAACUCGGAUUUGGUGCCCUUAAAGAUCAGCCUCUUGGGAGACAGCCAAAUCGGAAAAACUAGCUUUGUGGUAAAGUACGUAGGAGAUGAUGAGAAGGAAGAGGGAGGAGAGACAGACACCGCAGGAUUAAAUUCCAUGGAUAAGACAUUGUUGGUCCGUGGUGCAAGGAUUUCCUAUAGUAUUUGGGAAGUUGGAGGUGAUGUAAAAUCCCAGGAUAAUAUUCCCGUUGCAUGCAAGGACUCCGUAGCUAUUUUGUUCAUGUUUGAUUUAACAAGUCGGUGUACGUUAAAUAGUGUCAUAACAUGGUAUCACCAAGCAAGGAAAUGGAAUCAGACGGCAAUCCCAAUAUUAAUUGGAACAAAGUUCGAUGAUUUCAUCCAGCUCCCUAUAGAUUUGCAAUGGACAAUUGCAAGUCAGCAACCUUUCUAGAAAGAAAAAAAACACGGAUAAAGAUAAGGAAAAGUUGGAGACAUCCAGGUCAAAAAGCUCAACAGGAAAAGCAAGCUAAAGCCUAAAGACUUGCACGCAAGUUCAAUUUGGGGACAAAAACCAACCACCAACAUGAAAUAGUAAUGUGUUCAACCACCUGUCAUGGCCUUUUAAAGUGUUCAUUUGGUUCCAAUACGGUUUGUUUGGUGUGCUUUCAAAAGUAUAAGCACUUCUGUCAAAAGUUCAAAACUAGAAUAAACUUUUACUAAUAAUAAGUGUAUUGGAUCGGGGUUAUGAGAGAUUUGAAUGAACUUAUAAAUUCAUGAAUUUAGAGUUUAAUUAAUUUUUAGAGAUUCCAUGUCAAGUUUUGAGUGAAUUUCCUCAAAUUCUAAUUGGGGAGAUGUGAGAUUUGUGAAUGUUUAAAGACUCGUUUAAAGUGCAUUUAAAAAUGGUUGAAAGCGUUUUUUGUGACAAUAUUUUUAGUACCAAUCCUUAAUAAAAAUGCAAGUAAAUUUUGAAAAAAGUACUUAAAGUACAUUUGUAAGAAGCACGUAAUUGGUGCUUCUUGGAGAAAGCACUUCAAGUGUUUUUGAAAGUGCAAAACAUUUUCACUAAAAACGCUUUCAGUCAUUUUAAAAGUACUUUCAAACUGAGUCAUAAAAUGUACUACAAAAUUUCUCCAAUUCUCUCAAGUUCCUCAAUUUUUUUUUUAAAGCAGUUCCUAAUUGUAUACACCUAGAAUGUUAUCGUAACCAGAAAUGCUUUUGGUUACUGCAAACAUAAGUAAUGCAUAGCACCCUUGAAAGAAAUUUGUGCUCCUGUUUUAAGAUGUUCAUUUGAAGAGCAAAAUGAAUAUUUUGGAAGUU